ACGAUGUCCGGAAGAGGAAAAGGCGGCAAAGGUCUUGGAAAAGGAGGCGCUAAGCGUCACCGCAAAGUUCUCCGUGAUAACAUCCAGGGUAUUACUAAACCCGCCAUCCGCCGUUUGGCUCGCCGUGGUGGUGUGAAGCGUAUUUCCGGCUUGAUCUACGAGGAGACCCGCGGUGUGCUCAAGGUUUUCCUUGAGAACGUCAUCCGUGAUGCCGUCACCUACACCGAGCACGCCAAGAGAAAGACCGUCACCGCAAUGGACGUGGUGUACGCUCUGAAACGCCAGGGACGCACCCUGUACGGAUUCGGGUUCUGCACUUUCUCUGUGCACCUUGAACGCAUCAUUAUAAUCAUGCUCGGUGCGCGCGAGACACGGAGGUUUCAGAGGCUGCGCGAGCAUCAUCAGCGCUGUGUGGAGCGGCACGAGCUGGAGUCCCGAGAGAGGAACAGACUGGAGCACGAGGAAAGUGUGAAGCUGCUGCAGCUCAACAAGAAGCAGACCGAGGAGAAGAAACCCGCGGCCAAAAAAGCCGCCGCUCCUAAAGUGAAAAAGGCCGCAAAGAAACCCGCCGCUGCAAAGAAGCCCAAGAAGGUAACAGCCAAGAAGCCCGAAGCCGCUAAGAAGUCCCCCAAGAAACCCGCUGCUGCCGCUAAGAAAGCCACCAAGAGCCCUAAGAAGGCUAAGAAGCCGGCGACCCCCAAGAAGGCAGCCAAGAGUCCUAAAAAAGCCAAGGCAGCCAAACCCAAGACCGCUAAGCCCAAAGCGGCCAAGGCCAAAAAAGCUGCACCCAAGAAGAAUUUUGUUCGACGAACACAUCUGAUCAUCAAAAUGAGUGGUCGAGGGAAGACCGGUGGUAAGACUAGGGCUAAGGCCAAGACUCGCUCAUCCCGUGCCGGCCUUCAGUUCCCCGUGGGCCGUGUUCACAGACUGCUACGUAAGGGUAAUUACGCCCACCGUGUGGGAGCUGGAGCUCCUGUCUACUUGGCUGCCGUGCUGGAGUAUCUGACCGCUGAGAUCCUCGAGUUGUUGGUGAAGUGCAGAGUUCCAGACGCGAUGGCAAGAACCAAGCAGACCGCUCGUAAAUCCACCGGUGGUAAAGCGCCGAGGAAGCAGCUCGCCACUAAGGCUGCCCGCAAGAGCGCCCCGGCUACUGGCGGUGUGAAGAAACCUCACCGUUACAGGCCAGGUACCGUGGCUCUGCGUGAAAUCCGCCGUUAUCAGAAGUCCACCGAGCUGCUCAUCCGCAAGCUGCCCUUCCAGCGCCUGGUUAGAGAGAUCGCUCAGGACUUUAAGACCGAUCUGCGCUUCCAGAGUUCUGCCGUCAUGGCUCUGCAGGAGGCCAGUGAGGCUUACCUGGUCGGUCUGUUCGAGGACACCAACCUGUGCGCCAUCCAUGCCAAGAGGGUGACCAUCAUGCCUAAGGACAUCCAGCUGGCCCGCCGUAUUCGCGGAGAGCCUGCGGUCACAGUGGGCGGUCGCUACUUAACUCCGCCCCAUUGUCUUCAACUAGGUCCGGUAGAGGGAAAUAACAGGCUCGCUGCGAACGCUCGUCCUGCAUUGAUUCGCUUCAUUUCAAUAAAAGCUGUAACGAUGUCCGGAAGAGGAAAAGGCGGCAAAGGUCUUGGAAAAGGAGGCGCUAAGCGUCACCGCAAAGUUCUCCGUGAUAAUAUCCAGGGUAUUACUAAACCCGCCAUCCGCCGUUUGGCUCGCCGUGGCGGUGUGAAGCGUAUUUCCGGCUUGAUCUACGAGGAGACCCGCGGUGUGCUCAAGGUUUUCCUUGAGAACGUGAUCCGUGAUGCCGUCACCUACACCGAGCACGCCAAGAGAAAGACCGUCACCGCAAUGGACGUGGUGUACGCUCUGAAACGCCAGGGACGCACCCUGUACGGAUUCGGGGGUUAA